AUGCCCCAUUUGGAAUGCAUGCCCACCGAAAGUUAUCGAAAAAUUGCUCGUGAAGGAUAUCUUGUUCAUUGCUUGGUGGCAUUAGCGUUUUGUCAAAAAGAAGGAAAAGAAUACAUAAAUCAUAUUAAUGCAGAUUUUGAUGAUGGAUCUUUCCGAGAAUUUCCAUCCAUAGCUGAAGCACGGCGUGUCACUGGAAUUAAUCAUAUUUGGAGGGUAUCCUUGGGAGUACGUGGUAUGUGGUAUGAAUAG